AUGAAUACUCAUGUGCUAACAGCGGAUGAAGUCAAAAAACUGAGUAAGGCUGAACGUCGCAAACGGCGUCGUGCUACACCCAAAUAUCGCAACUUACAUGCUUCUCGUGAACGCAUCCGUGUCGAAUCGUUCAACAAUGCAUUCUCAAAGCUCCGUGCCCUCCUGCCAACGUUACCCGUCAACAAGAAACUAUCAAAAAUCGAAAUUCUACGACUGUCCAUAACUUAUAUUUCAUAUCUCGAUACUUUAUUGACCUUCUAA